CUCUGCUACAGCUACGCGCGAGUGGAGCACACCCAAGCAUAUACCUGAAGAGGAUCUGGUUGCGGAAGCCAAAUCAUCAUACGUGGGCGCUCCCGCCGCUUGGUGCCUCCGCUGAGCGUUCGUACCCAGAUCAGCAAGGUCGUAUCCGCGCGGUAGUUGAUACUCCUUGUAAGAGCGUGAAUUUUGCACACGAGAUUUUUGAGAGAGAGACGGGCCGCAGGAGAGCGAGGCGGCACCAAGAGCCCUACAGCGGUUCGUGAGCACCGCUGGCUCUGCUGUGCACGGCGAACGGCGGACGGAGGCGAUGGAUUCCAACGGAGACGAUCCCACGGACAUGAAGGUGGCCGAUAUCAAGGAGGUGGCGGCGCCAGUCGCCGAGUCGUCCAAGGUUCAGCAGCAGGACUUGGCGCGACGCUCUCCUCACCCAACAACAUCUUCAUCAUCAUCAUCAGCAGCCAAAAAGACAACGACAACAACAACUUCCCCUCGGACGGCAACGCCGACGUCUAGCGACCGCAAAGCACUAGCGCCAUCAUCAGCAGAUGUAGACCGUUCGCCGACGCCGCCAGGGGACUAUAUGGACGUUGACGGCGUAAGCUCGGGGCGAGGCAAGACUACAGAAUCGGGAAAAGGAAAGGCUGAAUUGGGAGGAGGAGCAACAACAAGCAGUAGCAACGGAGGGGGGGCGGGCAGGAAGCCGAGGGGGUUAGCGAACGGAUUGGCGGCGGCGGAGCCGUCCCACGCUGGCACGACCAAAUCGCCGGCACCCGCGGGCGACAAGAAAAGCCCGCGAGUUGUCGGGGGUACAAUCGACACCAGGAAGGACGGCAACACCAGCAGCUGCAGCAGCACGAAAACCAGCUCGACCAGCAACAAGAUGAUGAUCUCGCCGCAGCAAGAAAACGCUGCCAAGCCGCCUGGAAAACCCAAGAGCCCUCUAGCAGCAAGGGUCGUCCCGGCUGCGGCUGUGCCCGCCACUAACGGUAAGACCAGGGCAAAGACGCCACCGCCGCUUGUCCGCGGCUCUGCUCCUGCCGCCGCUCCUGCCGCUGCUGCUGCUGCUGCCGGAGAAGGCAAGAGCCACGCGGGGGUGCUGCCUUUUUCGGGUCGCAAUGGAGUCGCUAGCGACGGGCUCGAGGUAGUCGGGUCGGACGGGACCAAGAAACGCUUGCCGCGUGUGCUUGCAUCCAAGCCGGUGCCGGCGGAUGGCUCCAAGGGCGCCAAGAGUCCACCAAGCGCUGGCGCCGCGGCUCCUUCCAGUGCUGCUGCGGUGCGCUCGACGAGCCGCAGCUCGACACCGACCAACGCCAACACCAAGACAAUCGCCAAAGCCAACACGGGCACAACGCCGCCGGUGCCUAUUGCUGUUCAGCAGCAGCAAAGGGGGCGUGCGUCUCCCACCACGAGCUCCUCCUCUUCCGAGCCGUCCUCGCCAAGAUCGGCGGACGGCGAGGCCCUGCUCAGGAUCGAAGAAGGUAGCAGCGUCGAUGGUAAGGCCACCAAGCGACGUCGCCGUUCCCGCGUGGCAACUCCAACGAGCGGGGACUCCGAUCACGCAGUGGACGCGCCGCCGCCCCGCUCUCGCCGCCGCACGGACAGCGGCGGCCCCGAACAAGCGGCGCCGGGAGGACCAUCCUCCCCGAAAUCAGCAGCAUCUCUCAACGGUCGCUCUCUUCUCGUGUCCGCGGCCGCGGCAACGACGCCCGCCGUCUCCGUGUCUUCCUCUAUAGCGCUUGGUGGCGGCGGCAGAAGCAGCAGCGGAAGCAGCAGCAGAGGGAAUGGCGGCGGGGGAGGGGCAGGAGCAUCAAGCAUGCCGCCGGCGAAGAAGCGCAGCCGACAAAGCACUAAAGACAACAGCGCAGGUGGGGGCGGCGGCGGCGGCGGCGGCGGCAGCAGUUCUGGGGCGAGCGGGAGUAGCGGUAACGGCAGCGUCUCGGUAGGAGGGCGAGGCGGCGGCGGGCGUGGAGGGGUUUCCGGGAGGGGAAGAGGCAGGGGAAGAGGCAGAGGGCGGGGGCGGCGAAAAGGGGCCUCGCUCUUGGAGGACUACCACGCGUCGAAGGGGCCGAGCAACAAGCCGAAGGAGAUGCGGUGGCGGACGCACCGCAUGGUGGAGGACUACACAAACAUAUGCGGGAAGAUCAUGUACGGGCACGUGAGAACCGGGCCAUUCGGGUACAACUCGGUGGAGGGGCGGUUCCCGAUGGAGCGGCCGACGACCCUGGGCAUGAUCAAGGCGGGGAUACGGCGGCCGACAGUGAUCGAGAGGUGGAGCCCGCACGACGUUGCGCUGUUCGAGGGGGCGAUUAGCGUUCACGGGAAGGUGUUCCACAAGGUGGCGGAGGAGAUAGAUGGGAAGACGGUGGCGGACGUGGUAGAGUUCUACUACAUGUGGAAGAAGACCAACCACUACAAGCAGUGGAAGGCCAUGUUCCGGGCGGAGCAAGCCAUUCUCCAGGCACAAGAAGGAGAUAGCAGCGAGGAGGAGGAGGAGGAGGAGAAGGUGGUGGAGGAGAGAAAAGUAGCGGUAGGGCGCAGCAGCAGCGGCGGUGUCCUCGUCAGCAGGGCGGGCGAACCGAAACGGCUAGACGCCGGUCGAUCCUCCGUUUGCGGUGCCUAUGGGAGCGUCGCUGGGGCGGCCGGGGGACCGCAUCAGCAGCACCGAGGGGCAGGCAAGAAGGGUAGCCAGCCCCAGGGCCGAGGGGGCGCCAGUAGUCAGCCGCAGGGGCGGGGGGGGCAGCAGCUUCAGAAGGGCGGGGGGGGCAGGGGAGGGGGUGGGCAGCCGCAAAAGGGGGGGGGUAGCCAACCGCAGAAAGGAGGCGGUGGCCAGCCGCAAAGAGGGGGGGGUGGCCAACCUCACAAGGGGGGGGGUGGCCAGCAUCAAAGGUGUGGGGGUGGCCAGCCUCAGAAGGGAGGUGGCGGCCAACCACAGAAGGGGGGGACUGGCCAGCCGCAGAAGGGCGGGGCCAGCCAGCAGCCGCAGGGUCGGGGAGGGAGCAGCGGAAGUAAUCAGCAAGGCCGCGCAGGGGGCGGGGGACCGCAGGGGCGCGGCGGGGCGGCGGGGUCGUCGUCAUCGUCGUCAUAGCAUUAGUUUAGGGCGCUUCGCUCUUGCCCUCCGUCUGUUGUUUUGUUGUUGUGUCUGUUUUGGACGGAGGUGGCAGACAGAACGUUUACGCUGUGUAGUUUGGUGUUAUUGUUUUGUUUUGAUCACAACAGCAGGGAGAUAUUUGUAAUGUUUCAUUAUCGUGUUGAGACUUUCGGGUGGGGGGCGGAGCAGCAGCAGCAGUAGCAGGAUGGCGUUCGCUGAGGAGUGGGGUGCAACAGAAUCAGAAAUCAGGAGGAUCGACAGCAGUGAGACUAUACGCGUUGUUGUCUUUUUAAAUAUAUUCGCGCUCGAUGUUUUGCUGAGGGUGUGUGUGUGGCAGCGUCAGAGCUUUCAAGUGUCGUUUCUCUAUCGUUCGAGUUCCGUGGGAUGGGGGGGAAGCACAACGCAUGUCUGCCUUCAUGCCCAUGUUGUUGAGCUGGGAUAAUUUUUUGGUGGUGCUUUUUCCUUGUGACGGGCUUCCUUUCCGACGCCCGAAUGAAACACCGAGAGAAGGCGGGGUGGAGGCUGCGAGGGAAGGCGGCAUUAUUUAAUUUCUGGCCGUGGCUAGGAUAGGAGCUCGCUUUGGCGGAGGUGCUGCAGUUACAGCGGCCACUUUGGUAGCAUCGUCUUUGACCGGUCCCCGGGUCCUUCUAAAAGCACGUUGAAAAUGUCUUGGAGUGUGUCUUUUUCCGU